GUGUUCUACAUUCAAGUUUCAGAGAUCAUUUUCCUUGGUGAUUUAUCUCAGCUAAAAGAUGGGUGUUCUUAUGACAAUGGCAAAGCAUACUAAUGCUUUGAUUGGCCCGGCAGUGUUACUGAUUUACCCCUUAUAUGCAUCCACGCGCGCGAUCGAGAGCCCUUCUCCUGUCGAUGACCAGCAAUGGCUGACUUACUGGGUUCUCUAUUCAUUGAUCACCCUGUUUGAGCUCUCAUUCUGGAAAGUAUUGCAGUGGUUCCCUCUUUGGCCAUACAUGAAGCUGGUGUUUGGCUUUUGGUUAGUGUUCCCUGCAUUCAAUGGGGCAGCCUACAUCUACGAGAAAUACGUCCGGAGUUAUGUGAAGCAAUAUGUCGACUGGAAUUAUCCUGAGAAGCAGAGGAGACUGAUGCAACUGCUGAGUCUUGAUGCACGGAAAUCGGUGGAACGGUACAUCGAUCGAUAUGGACAGGAAGCUUUCAGAAGGGUCAUAGAAAACGCUGAAAAGGAAGCAAGGAGUCAUUGAGAAGUUCAAGUUGGGAAAGGAUUCUGGUUCGACAUCUUCAUCAAGUCUGGUUUCCAUUCAUCAGCAAUAUAUACAUAUGAAUAUUUCUUGUCGAAAUGUGCAGAUAAAAGAUUGGCUAAAUCUCUUCUAAUACGCAAUGUCAAACGCACCUUGUGUAAAGUAGUCCAAGAGGGAUUGAUAAUGACUUGGGAGAUGAAAGUAGUAUCUUGGAUGUCAAUAUAAGAUUAUUUAAAAUA